UACUACUACUCAACCUACUGAACCUACCUACAUAACCUAACAAAGUACAUCAAUUAUCUAGGGAAAAGUCAGCUAAUGAUCUGAAGUGUGAAGUGAAUUCAAGUUGUUAAAUGCUACCUUUAGUUUUAAACUUCUUUAUAAAUACAUAACUUAAAUUAUAAUUUGUAAUAACUUUGCCAAUACUUUCAUUUCGAAGUGACAUGAAAGAUAUGAAUCCAAAAAUAACAUACAUCCGAGUUUAGCAGUUAGAACUUUACCGAAAUUUCACCUGUUAAUUUCAAAAGUUUUAUCCCAUAAGUAUUAUUAACUAUAGAAGCACAAUCUUGAUCAACAUGGUCCAGGCCUGCGAAGAAACAGAACAACCAAACAUCCCUCAAGCAAUGAAAUUAUUAAAAGAAAUGAAUGUAAAUGUACAACAAGUAUCUCAGUUAGUCGAUAACAUGCUUGUCCGUGUGAAGAAUGGAGAACUUUCAACAGACAAAGGCCUUAGCUUUUUGGAAAUGAAAUACCAAAUGCUUCUUAGUUACUUGAUCAAUUUGACCUAUAUAGUAUUAAGGAAGUGCUCUGGUGAAAGAAUUGAAUCUGAUCCUUCCAUUGAUAGGCUCAUUGAAAUAAGAACAGUACUUGAAAAGAUUCGUCCAAUUGAUUCUAAAUUAAAGUACCAAAUUGAUAAGCUUGUCAAAAGUGCAGUUGUUGGAGCUGUAUCAGAAGAUGACCCACAAACCUACCGUGCUAAUCCUAAUAACUUAGUAAGUAAGAUUGAUAAUUCAGAAGAAGAGUCAAGUGAAACCUCUGAUGUAGAAGGCAAAAAAGAAAAAGUAAAAUCUAAUAUUUAUGUGCCUCCAAAAUUAGCUGCAGUACAUUUUGAUGAAGUCUCAAGAACUGAAGCAGAUAAAAAAAUUAAAGAGAAAUCGAAGAAACAAUUUCUCAAUUCCAGUGUUAUGAGGGAACUUCGAGAAGAAUAUUCAGAAGCACCAUUAGAAGUCAGCUCCGGGAAUCAUAUUAAACAAUCCAUAUCCAAAUAUGAACAGGAAAAAACUGAAUAUGAAGAAAAUUAUCUCACAAGAUUACCUGUAACAAAAGCUGAAAAAAAUAGGAGAAAAAAAGUAACCACAGUAGGGAUGUUGGCUGAUGAGAUAACAGGCACAAGUAGUCAAAGAGUAGCUCGAAAACACAAAAUGAAAUCUAAAAAAGGAAAAGGAUUCAAGAGAAGGCGUAUACAUUGAAUUCAUACCCUAAACAGUGACUGACAGGAGUCCAGACUGCAAAGUAAAUAAGUUGUGUUCGGAAAAUAAGAUAUUGUCAAUGAAAUUAAUAUGCCCAUUUAAAAGUACAAGGUAAACAAAUAUGACUACACGCAUGUAAUGAAUAUGUAAAAAAAUUAAAUGACAAUGACACCAUGCUAAUUUAUUCCAUUUAAGUUUUGGUAUUUGUAAAAACAAUGUACUGACAUUGUUUAUCAAGUUGUACUAUUGUUAAGUCAAUAUAAAUUUUCAAUUGUGUUUUAUAAACAGAAAAAUUGAUCAAACUUAAAACAGAUAGUGUACAAAAAUUUGGAAAAACCUUAAAUCUUUUUGAUUAAUUUCAAUUCAAUUAUUGUAACUUUCUUCAGUAGUUCUUUCAGUUAGUAGUAAUUAGACUAAUGACAAAUAAAUUUAUAAAAAAUAUAAAAGACUAAUAAUGGUAUAUUUAGUUAACAAUACGUUAUAUAUUUUCUUAUAUAAUUUUAGUUGUUAUAUUAAUUUUACCUUAUUACCUUAUUUAAAUCUUGUGAAAAAACAAUGAUAACAAUAUUUCAUAUUUUCGUUUAUGAUCUCCGGCCAUCAAUAAUAAAUAAUAGUUAUACAUAAGUAUAUUAAGAAAGUAAUAUGUAUCUGUAUAGAAAACAGGGUAGUACCAAAAUCUAAAUGGGUUGAGAUUGUAAUUUUCAUUAAUGUAUUUAUUGUGUUGUAGUUACUUUCACUAUUUAGAUUAUUAUUCUUUUUAUAUAGCAGUAAAUAGGCAGACAGGUUCACAACCUGAUGUUAAGCAGUCCUGAAGCCCAUAGACAAAAAAAUACAAAUGCUGCUGCACACAGUUGAUACAUUAGAUUGCAUUAGCAAAUGCCAAGCAAACGAAAAAGGAUAUAUCUAUUUAGAAGUCUCUCAAAAAGGUAAAUUUUUAUGAAAAAUACAAUUAAAUCUUUAUCAUGUUAUCCUUUUUUGGAUGUUAAGCAGAAGCAUUUAAUUACAUUGAUACCUAAUACAAAUGUAUACUUAAGUUGUUGUAUGGUAUUGAAAAACUAAAUUUAUUUAAUUUUUAAAAGUGGUUUUGUUAAUUUUUGUUUAUUUGUUGCGUUAUUCUGUAAUGAUCUGCAUGUUUUGAUUUUUAAUAAAAUAAUUUUGUCAUUCGUAA